AUGCCUGCCACGGCUUGUCGACGAGCGCAACAAAGCCGCGCGAUUCAAGUGGCAGCAUUCACAGCAAGGCUUUCUACGCAGAGCCGGAAUGCUCCGCGAGCAACUUCUUUCUCGGUGCGCUCGCAGCGAGCAUUCUCUACCACCACACCAACCCGCCAUGGACAUAUCGACCCUCCGAAGCCUGGUGAAGAGCUCUACGUCACCUUUGUCGAGAAAGACGGCCAGGAACACAAAUUCGCCGUAUCCGAGGGCGAUAAUUUACUAGAUAUCGCUCAAGCAAACGACCUUGAGAUGGAGGGUGCAUGCGGUGGCUCAUGCGCUUGUUCGACAUGCCAUGUCAUUGUCACCGAUGAGGGUUUCUAUGACAAGAUGCCUGAACCAGAGGACGAUGAGAACGAUAUGCUGGAUCUGGCAUUCGGCCUUACUGAGACGAGCCGACUGGGCUGCCAAGUCAAGAUGACAAAGGAACUGGACGGAUUAGUAGUUAAGCUGCCUUCGAUGACGAGGAAUCUGCAGGCUAGCGAUUUUCAAUGA